AUGCCCGAGAGCGCAUGGUUUCCGUUCGACAGUAGCACCGGCUGGUUUCGGCCGUCGACAGUUUUUCAAAACGACCGAGUAGAAAAGACAGUUCGAAACGGUUGUGUAGUUCGACAGGUCCCAUUCGGCCGCGCCCGUCGCCGAGCGACAGCACUCGCAGCCGCAGCCGCAGCCCACCGAGCUCCGAUUCGCGCCGCCGUCCGGCAGCGGUCCACGCAGCAGUCCGCGGACACCACUACUACAACGAACACGCCACUGGCGAGCGAUCCGCCGCCGCCGCCUCCCGGUUUUGCCGUAUUUUCAUACGCGGGAAGCGGCCGCCAUUCCCGUCCAUCGCCCGGCGUGCGCGAAUCACGCCUACGCGUUCGCAUCGCAAUUAAAGGCGGUUCCUAG